AGAGAGAGGACUCUCUUGUCCCGCCCCCUUUUCCUCGAACCACACUGAGUGACAGCUCCAGUCAUGUUACCGCUGCAGGAACUGGAUACUGGAGGCUGUAAGGUCUUGUGGUGAACAGCAUUAAGAAUCAGGAAAGAACAUGUCUCAACAGGCUGAAUUUGAGAAGAUAGCAGAGGAUGUGAAGAAGAUGAAGACCAGGCCUUCAGACCUGCAGCUGUUGGACUUGUAUGGCUUUUAUAAACAAGCUGUCGUGGGAGACAUCAACAUUGAUAAACCUGGGAUGACUGAUAUGAAAGGAAAAGCAAAGUGGGAGUAUUGGAACACAAGGAAAGGAAUGUCAAAGGAAGAUGCCAUGUCUGCCUACAUCGCACUGGCAAAGGAAUUAAUCCAAAAACAUGGGAUGUGAGAUUAGUAAA